UCUUUCAUAAAAUUGAAAGAACCAAAUUUUCCUCAUUUUUCUCUUCUAUUUGAAGAACCAAAUUUCCUUCUUCCUUCCUUCUUUCCUCAAAAAGUUGAAAACUCAAGAUUUCCCUCCUUAUUUCUCUUUCACAAUCAAAAGAACCAAACUUUUCCACUUCUUAACUUUCCACAAAUCAAAACCACCAAAAUGUCCCCUUUUUCUUUUCUAAGAAAUUCAAAUCACCUAAUUUCCCUCUUCUUUCUCUUCCAAAAAAGUUGAAUACACCAAAAUUUUCCUAUUCUUUUAAAAGCUUCAAAUUACCAAAUAUAUUGCUUUACUUUAUUCAUAUUUAAUUGAUAAUUUUAUUGAAAAGUUAAAUUAAUAAAAAAAUUAAUUUAUAUAUUAUUUUAAUAUGGUCCAUGAUCUCAAUUAUUAAUUAUUAAUAUUCACAUUGUGCUGGUUUUAUAUUUCAUAUAUACUUUAAUAAUUUUGUUAAAGAACUUAGUGUUCAAGUGACCUUCAUGUUUUAAUUUUUGUAAAUUUCUUAAAAUACAUAAUAUCAAGUGAGUUUCAUAUUUUUAAAUUUUCUAUAAGGAAUGAAGAAAUAAUUUUACCUAAGUUUAAAAUGAAAAUCUUUAUUUUCAAAAACUAUGUAUUAUAUAAUAUAAUAAUUAUUCAAGUGGAUUAGAUGAAGUUCGGGUUGAGCCGGUCGGUUGCGGGUUAGUCGGGUUUGGGUUUAAUCAGGUUGCGAGUCAAUCGGGUUUGAGUUAAUCAGGUUGCAGGUCAGGCGAGUUACGAGUUGUUGACGCCUUUAAAAAAAUAAUGGUCUAGUUCAUUAAAAAACUACUCCGUAAUUCCUCUGGAUUUUAAAAAGAUUAACCGGUGAGAGAAUUCAGGCAAUUGGAAGCACUGAGAUCCAACAUCUUAUUCUCGUAUUAUUUGUAAUCAUCAACUUACACAAAGUUAACAAUACAAAAUUCCAUGAUUCAUUCUAUUUAUAUGCUUAAUUAAAAGCGUCUAAUAAGAAAGAAAUACAGGACGAAAUGAACAUUCAAACGUCUCUUCUUAGCUCACAACGCAGAGAGAGCGAGAAGCACAAGAGGAAAACACAAGGAGCACAAUGGCUCCAAUCUCCAACCUCUCCCAGCCAAUCAACGAAUCGAACGCGGAUCGCUGAGGUGGCAUUAAUUUUUUUGUAAAAUCCCGCCUAAACCCCUCCAACUUUCAUUUCGUGGGCAAUUGAAUCUCAAUUUCCACCAUUUCUCUCUAUCUCCCUUCCCUCUUCUCCUCUUAAUAUCUCCGCCUUUCAGCGUUAAAGGCGGCCAUUUCAUUCUUCCCCUUACGCCUCUUCCCUCCUGUCCUCUCGCUCGCUUGCUCGCUUCCCCCCACGAACCCUAGCUCGCCGGUCAGGUGAGAUCUCCUCGUCGAUUCUUGACUUGAUUUCCACUCGGUUUCGUCCAUUUCGCGGGGCGUUUGAGCUGAUCUGGUGAUGUUUUUUUUGGCAGAAUUCGCGAUGAAGGGAGGUAAAUCAAAGUCCGAUGCCAAGAACACCAAGUUGUCGGUGGCUAAAAAGCCUGCUAAGCCGACGAAGAAAGCCGCUAAAGCAGCCAAAGACCCCAACAAGCCCAAGAGGCCACCGAGUGCCUUCUUCGUCUUCAUGGAGGAGUUCAGGGAGACAUACAAGAAGGAACACCCCAAAAAUAAAUCAGUUGCAGCUGUAGGAAAAGCUGCAGGAGACAAGUGGAAGUCUUUGACCGAUGCUGAGAAGCAACCCUUCAUCUCCCGAGCUGAGAAGAGGAAAGCUGAGUAUGAGAAGAAGAUGAAGGCCUACAAUAAGGAACAGGCCGAGGGACCCAAGGACGAAGAGGAGUCCGAGAAGUCGAUGUCCGAGAUUAAUGACGAUGAGGAUGACGAAGAGGGAAGUGGAGAGGAAGAGGAUGGCGAGGAGUAAAUGAAUGGGAGAAGAAUAGAGAGCUCUUUAGUCACGUAGCCUGAUCACUUGGAAAACAUGUCUAAUGGCUGGAUGGUUAAUUUCAUCUGUCAAUUCAUUUCUCCCAGUUACUAUCCACCUUCUGUCUCCUAAGAGGAUGACAUCUCUUCUCCCCUAGUUUGUUCAUCCUCCUCUGUAAGGAGUGUCCGGUCUGGUUGCGCGCGAUAGUUUGUUGUAGAAGUGGGGAGAUGGAGUCUAUCUGUAAUCUGAAUCAAGGUUGGUUCAAUGAUUUAGCUGAAAUGGUUCUCUCUGUAGAUUCUGAACUCGGUUUCGUGUUGUAUCCUCCAGUUGCUUGUUCAUGUCUUCUGCGUUGAUUCUUUCAGGACUUGUGUCCCAAGUCGCAACCCUUUUCUGAAAUGUUAUCGUGAUGUGUCUGCAUAUUUGUGAUUCUACGGGUUGACCAAAGAUAAUGAUUGGUUUCACCUUAAAAGUCAGUCAGUCAGAUCAUGUUUGUCAUCAUUGCCGAGGCGGUUAAUUUCUGUUUGUAGUCUGUUUAUUGUCAGAGUGGAGGGUAACGAACUUUUGAACAGUUGCAACUGAAGUUUCUUUUUCCUGAUCAUGAUUGGAUUGGAUUGGAUUGGAUGUCGGCUUUUGGUCAUUGGAAGGUUUGAUCUGCGGCAGUUCAGUCUCUAAUGAUCUAGCGUAUAAAGUAUACCUUUGGGUUAAUAAGUUUAUAUCGCUCUUGUUAUCUUUUGUUGGCUGAUCUUAUGUUAAUCGAUUUGAAUUGACUUAUCAAUAACUAGACAAAAAAAAGUACACUAAUCACAAUCGUCUAAAUAUUAUUUGAUUGAUUUAGGAUGGGUCUUUGGUGUUGUACAGUGAACUCAUGUGACCAAGUAGGCUUAUCUAUGGAAUGAGAAUGUUGUUGGGCCCAAAAACAUUCAUGGAUAGGAACUACUAACUCCCUUCCUAAUUUCUCAUCCCCCAAUAAUAUAUAAUACAAAAGAAAUAUAUAGUACACUUUUGUGUAUUUUUCUCUAUUUCAAAUUUCCUGCAACGAAAGUGAAAGUAGGAAAGAUAUUUUUGUCUUUACAAUUAAUUAAUCUCACAUUAAAAAUAUCAACAUCAGGAUUUGAACCCGGGUCUCUUCAAACAAAGACAACAAUCACAACCAUUUACACUGAACAAAUUUGUUGUGUCAUUUUGAAUACAAAAUAUAAACGAAGUUCAACUCUCUGAAAAUCGCAGGACUUUCCAUCAUGAUUAGCAAGCCCACUAAGUAUAGCGUAUGUUUUCUUAUGGUGAUUGAUACUUCAAUUUUCAUAGUAGAGUUUCAUGUAAUUUUCUCAAUUUUAAAAUUCUUUCUCUCUCAUUGAUUUUUGCUAAAGGUAAAUUGGUAAUUGGCUAACAUGGAAAAAACUAAUUUUGUCACUAUGUGUUGUGUCUUUGCAUUUUUCAAUUUAAAUUUUGUGGUUUUUAUCUUUGUUUUUAUCUCUUUCUAACUUCCUCAAAAAUUUCCUCCAUCGUACAAUAGUUUGCGCCCCUUUCACUUCCCAGUACAAGGCGACCUUUGAAAAUCGAUCAUUCGGUAUCUCUUGGCACGCGGUUUUAUUGUUGGGGAUUUAAGUUGGGCAAGUAAAAGAGUUUAAUCAAUAAUGGAGUUGCAGAAGGAGGAUUCGAAAUUGAAUUUUUGGUUGAAACAUAUGUCUCUUGAGAUAAAAAUUUGGUUGUACAAUGAAGAGUGGUGGCUAUUGGAUCUUUAUGUUUAUGAUUUUUACAUCUAUCACAACCUAUUUAUAUCUUAAAACGAGGAAUCAUUGAUUGAUUUAUUGAAGUAGGUCGAUUCUUUAUUAACCUACUGGAACUGAUAGACAAGGAGUGUGUAAUUUUGUGCAUUAUUACUUUGAUUGAGUGUAUUAGUAUGUUGGAGAUAACCCUAAUUUUGUCGUUUGCUCUCAAGUUUUGAUGAUCCCCUCUUAGUCGAGUUGUUAGUAUAUAGUUGACUUGAAUCAACAACUCUCCAUUUCUUUUUUUUUGGUAGAAUCUCCAUUUCUUUUUGAUUAGUGACAUAUUGUUCAUUAAUGGAGCGCAUUAAACCCUUAUGUAGGAUUGUGAGGUGAUUUAGUUUCAAACUAUCUAAUGGUUGUGUGGAAUUUCACUGAGCUUUUAUACCCUCUUUCUUGACAAUCAACUAACCAAUAGUAUUUUAACGAUGACUUAAUUAUCAUUAUGAAAAUGAAAUUAAUGAUACAUUUUAUAUUUUAUAUUCUUAAAUGAUGAUGGUAUUUCUCUAAAUGUUAGACCUACAUAUUCUUUCUUUAUGUAUCAUCUCGAUCGAAAGAUUGUCAAUAAAAUUAAACCGGUUGAUUGACUUAACAUAACAUAAAAAUAUAAAUAAUCAAAUAAAAACAUUCCGGCCAAUGGGUCGGGUUAUAAGCUAGUAAUAAAACAUUGCGAAUUUUUUAAUUUUUUUUGGGUUUUUAUCAAUAAAACGCUAUUUAUGUUUUCCUUAAUUUGAGGGAUUACAAAAUUAUGCAGAUAAGGUAGGAUGACAAAUAUACCAUAUUUGUGGAUAAUUGUUCGAAUUUGGCAGGGGCAUAGGGUAAAAUUCGAAUUUUGAACGAUUAUAAAAUAGAUAUGGGUAAAAUUCAAACUCGAAUCUCGCGAAUGUUGGAUGAGCAUGAUUUGCACAAUAUCCAACUCGAACCUAUUCGAUUUUAUACACAUAUGUAUUUUGUUUAAUUGACCAUUAUUUUCUCAAUAUAUUUUAUAUUUAUUAUAUAUAUAUAUAUAUAUAUAAUAUUUUCAUGAAAUUGUAUAUUGUUUUUCUUUGAUAUUGUCAUAUGAUAUUCUACCGAUUCUUGUAUGAGUAUAUGAGUAUUGUUAAUACUUAACUGUUUUGGGUAGGGUAAUGAAUAUGCACUAUCCAC